AUGACAGGUUGGACUGUUAAAGAGGUGAACUGGGAACGACAAAUGCACGGGAGAGAAGGUUUAGCGAGUCAUAGUGCUGGUGCUGGAAGGUUCAGCGAGUCCCUCAGUGCUGGUGCUGGAAGGUUAAGCGAGUCCCUCAGUGCUGGUGCUGGAAGGUUAAGCGAGUCCCUCAGUGCUGGUGCUGGAAGAUUAAGCGAGUCCCUCAGUGCUGGUGCUGGAAGGUUCAGCGAGUCCCUCAGUGCUGGUGCUGGAAGGUUCAGCGAGUCCCUCAGUGCUGGUGCUGGAAGGUUCAGCGAGUCCCUCAGUGCUGGUGCUGGAAGGUUAAGCGAGUCCCUCAGUGCUGGUGCUGGAAAGUUCAGCGAGUCCCUCAGUGCUGGUGCUGGAAGGUUCAGCGAGUCCCUCAGUGCUGGUGCUGGAAAGCUUAGCGAGUCAUAG